GCUGCCGGGAGCGGAAGUCGGCCGCGGCGGAUGUUGACAGUGGUGACCCACAACAGGCUGGGUGGCCCGCUGAGGAAUAGCCCUGUAUCAAAAUGGCUGAUGAUAAUGAAGAGCUGCAGGCAGAUGAAGAGCUCCCAGCUCCCGCUGAGGACAACUUUGAGCAGCUGGAGAACAGCAGCCCCGCAGAGCGCAGUGGGCAUGUAGCAGUCACUGAUGGGCACUGCAUGUUUGUUUGGGGAGGCUAUAAGAAUGCUCAAGUUAGGGGAUUUUAUGACUUCUAUCUGCCUAGAGAUGAAAUAUGGAUCUACAGCAUGGAAACUGGAAGAUGGAAUAAAAAAAAAACAGAAGGAGAUGUUCCACCUUCCAUGUCAGGCAGUUGUGCUGUGUGUGUAGACAAAGUAUUGUAUUUAUUUGGAGGGCAUCAUGCACGUGGCAAUACAAACAAGUUCUACAUGUUAAACUCCAGAUCCAAGGACAAAGUGUUGCAGUGGGUUAGAGUAGAAUGUCAAGGUGUUCCCCCCUCAUCAAAGGACAAACUUGGAGUUUGGGUUUAUAAAAAUAAGCUAAUAUUUUUUGGAGGUUAUGGUUAUUCGCCUGAAGGGAUACCAAUAGGAACUUUUGAAUUUGAUGAAACCUCUUUUUGGAACUCAGGUCAGCCUAGAGGAUGGAAUGAUCACGUACAUGUUCUGGAUACUGAAACCUUUUCUUGGAGCCAGCCCAUAACCACGGGUAAAUCCCCCUCACCCCGAGCAGCCCAUGCCUGCGCUACAGUUGGGAACAGAGGCUAUGUGUUUGGAGGCAGAUACCGAGAUUCUAGAAUGAAUGAUCUUUAUCAUCUUAAUUUGGACACAUGGGAGUGGAAUGAAAUAAUUACACAAGGCAUUUGCCCAGUAGGCCGAUCUUGGCAUUCCUUAACUCCUGUUUCAUCAGAUCACCUAUUUCUCUUUGGAGGGUUUACCACCGAUAAGCAGCCACUGAGUGAUGCUUGGAUUUAUUGUAUCAGUAAGAAUGAGUGGAAACAGUUUGAGCAUAAUUAUUCUGAAAAACCAAGGCUGUGGCAUACAGCUUGUGCAAGUGAAGAAGGAGAGGUGAUUGUUUUUGGUGGCUGUGCCAACAACUUGCUUGCCCAUCACAAAGCAGCGCAUAGUAAUGAGAUACUUGUGUUUUCUCUACAACCAAAAUCUCUCGUAAGGCUGUGCCUAGAAGCAGUCAUUUGCUUCAAAGAGAUAUUAGCCAACUCAUGGACCUGCCUCCCAAAGCACUUGCUUCACAGUGUCAAUCAGCGGUUUGGAAGUAACAAUACAUCUGGCUCUUAAGACUUCUGCUAUCAGUUACUUCUGUGAACGACCUCUGCAUGGAUGAGCAAUUCUAAAAGAUGUAAUAAUUUUACCAACCACGUGUGGCAGAUGUGAGACUUGUAUAAAUAUCUGCAUUGUUGUUGGUAGUAGCUUGUUGGUUGUAAGUUGCAUGUGAAUGGCUUAGAGAGAACCUAUUUUUGUGUAAAGAUGUUUGCAAUAAAUGUAUUUAAUGCAAGUUGAAAUGUAUCAGUGCCUAAGCUAAGUUAAACCAGUAAUGGUUUGUUCAACUUAAUGCCACUCACUUCAUUACGUGAUGAUAGAGUAGUUUUCCUAUCCUAAAUUACUUCAGAGUGUGUCAAUGCAGGGAGAAACACUGUUUAAGGAGUUACCAUUCAAGGAUUUGUGGGUAGUUGCUGAAUUUCUGGGUCUUAGUUUGGCAAAUGCUAGAAGUAUUUUCAGGCACUAAUGUUCUUUAGGACACCAUUAAUAGGAAAGAACAAUGACUCUUUAGCAUUAGUCAACAUGAUAGAGUAGUUUUAGUCUGUAUUAGCAUCUCACAGAUAGGAAUAAGACAGGUUCCUAACAUGUUUGACCACAUGAGUUUACGGUCAGAGAAACUGCUAUUUUAAUUUAGUGCUAGGAAUAGCUCACCAGCUUAAGGUUUAGAACUUUUAAAAAGUUUGAGUUGUUUAGACACAAAUGUAGAGGGAUGGUGACAAAGUGUCAUGUUGUUAUGGGGUUAUUUAAGAGCUGUAAGUGUGAGUGAUAAGUAGACAUUGUAUUCUGUCUUAAUCCUGUAGUGAGUGUGAAAAUGCUUUAGUCAAUCAGUAGUUAAGUGUCAAAACUAGACCAGGCAUGUCUAGGAGUAGCCAAAAGCACAAACUGCCAGUUUGCCAGGAAUGGCUUGAUUAUUAAUGUCUUCAGCAGCUUCCAUAUUCAGAGCUUUGUGCAUAUUGUGAAGCUGAUGACUAACAGCUGCCAGGCUCUGUUCAGCUUCACUAGUUUAAAAACUACUGAAAGUACAUCGUAUGUGAGCAGCAACCAGCACUAGAGUCCUUCUGGCUCUGCUUUGUCUCCCAGGAAUCAGGAGGCAUAGGCCACCACUGAUCCAGUGGAGGGGUUGAGAAACUAAUAAAUGGCUUGUGA